AUGGGGAACAUUAGUCUGAGAGCAUCUGUGUGGAGCUCUGCUGGCGGGCCGCCUGAGUCACCGGUACCGGCCUGGGAACACCGUGUCGUGAGCCCAUUACCACAGAAUGAGCUGUGGUCAGUGCACUUACCUCAGGCGGUGUGUCGGUGCCUGUGCCGUGAAGCAGCCAUGAUCGGAACCAGCUCUCCCUCCCGUCCACCGCGAACACGUCCUUCUCCCGCUGCGGCCCCGGUCCUCACGAGGCCCCUGUCCGUAGAGCCCGCAGCUCAGUCCGUGAGAGAAGAAUCCAGCUGCUGCAGCUGCAGCAGCGACAUGAACGACAGAAGGAACCAGCCCAGAGCUAGCCCAGAGCUAGCCCAGAGCUAG